UUCCUCCCCACACCCGUUUAUAUACCUGCUGCUUCACCCUCCUUCAUGUUGACAGAGCCGUCUCCGCAUCUCCAAGGGCCGUCGACAAAGGGCCCGUGACAAUGACACCCUGUGACGAAACAACUCUCUCCCCUCUCCAGCGAGAAAAAAAGUUUGCGAUGCAAAUAUCGCCGGCCGGUAAGUGGAUUGUGCGAGGUUGUAGAUAAAACCGUGCGUGAGAUAAGUUCUGGCGCGGGAUGCGGAUUUUGAGUCGGGCCACAUAAUAUUUCUGAGGGUUUUAUUUCCACAUGUACCGUCGUAUUUGCACUGCUGGAUGGAGCCCCUUCUUAUCUCGCCUUCCCCUCAGAAUGGUGAAACCUUACCAAUGAUUGUACCGCAAAAACAAACACGGAAAUCCAUAGUUCGGCUCAAAACGCCAUUAUUUGCCCGGUCUUAUAAUGGGGAAAAAAAUGCUUGUGGUUUAUAGAAGUAUUCUUAUUAUUUCACCUGAUUCCCAAAAGUGAAGGAAUGAUACAUAUUCGGUACGUGACUGAGGCCUGACGAGCUUGUACUGGCGAGGCAUUAAAACCAUCCGAGCUAUUUAUAGGACACUUUCCGUACAAUGUCAACUGUAACUCGACUCCUGCCAUUCGCUCCCCGCAUCUCAAAUGUCUCCAAAACACAGUGUGUCCCAUCCACUUGGGUCCCACACAAUCCCAUGGACCACAAAGGGGAACCACCGCAUGCCGACACCUCCGGCAGGCCGGAUGUGGUCGGGGUUAGCCAGCCCGGGGGUGAAGACAAGCCGGAUCAUGAAACCGCUCCCAAGACCCCCCCACUUCCCUGGCAGGGCGAUUCGUUGUAUGUCUCUGGGACGGAUCGGGAGUGCUGGCCCACCCAGGCCAGGAGGGUGUCAUUUGCUGAUACUUUUGGCCUGAAUCUGGUGUCAAUUAAAGAGUUUGACACCCGGGGCAUGUCAAUGCUGCCAGACCUGGAGGCAGAUUCCAAGCAGCAAGUGGAAUACUGCCUGUCGCGUCUCUUCCCAAUGCCAAGUUCUGAGGCGGAGCUCGUGGGAAAACUUGCCGAGAGUAAGAUAGAGCUGCAGUCGGUGGAACUGCUUCCGGGAACGACGACGUUAAAGGGAGUCAUCCGGGUUCUCAACUUCUGCUUCGACAAGCGGGUCUACGUCCGCGCCACGCUCGACGGCUGGGCCACCUGCUUCGACCUGCCGGCGGAGUUCGUGCCGGGUUCGAGCGACGGCCAGACGGACCGAUUCUCCUUCCGGCUGACGCUGGUGCCUCCGUUUGGUCGAGACGGGUCCAGAGUCGAGUUUUGUGUCCGGUACGAGACGGCAGUCGGCACCUUCUGGGCGAACAACGGCGGUUCGAAUUACGUGCUCUACUGUGCCGAGACGGGAGGGAAGCAGGCGAACGAGGCCCUGGAAAAGACCAGAAGGAGCUGUCUCAAAGGAGUCGGAAAGGAGCCCAGUGCUGGAACCGAGGUCUCCAUGGGUUCCUGUUCCUCCAUCAUAGCCUGUUCCCCCAUAGGAACCAGCUCCUCUUUAGAAGUUCUAGCCGAGCGCAAACACAGCAGUGAGGCGAUGGCGCGGGAAGGCCCAGAGGUGUGGCGUUCGGAGAAGAAAGUUGAGGAGGAUCAUGAGACAGCCGUGGAGGAUAGCGGGCAGUGCUCCGGUGAGAGGAGAAAGCAGCAUCAGCAGUCGCACCUGGACCAGAUACGGAACCGCUUUGCCCAGAGAGAGAUGGCAGCGCGAUUGUGGGGGGGUGAAUCGGCCAGGGGCGAAGAAGCCAUGGCAGCUAGAAAGCCACACCACAAGAAGGGCCCGACUCUCUCAGGAGGUACAGAAGGUGGACAUCAAACAAGCAGCCAGGGGCAGGGGCCACCCCGUGAACCUGAUUCGCCAUUGCCGCUGGCAACAGAAUCGGUGAUUAACCCAGGGACCAAUGACGCGCGGAGUCGGACAGAUCCGGAGGCGGGACUUGGAAAGACGGAGGAGGUCAUCCUUGAAAUGAAAGCAAGUGAUCUUUGUGAGGCCAUUUCUGAUGCCAAAUGUGUGGGCGAGACGGAGGUUAAUUUGGAGGCCUCAUUUACCGGCCGACCUGCGGCUCCCCAGAAAGUCACAAGCUCCGGUGCUCGAGGGGUGAGUGAGCAGGCUACAAAUAUGCAUAAUGAGACUGGAAGUAAAAAUGAAAUCAGCAGGAAAGCAUGUGCGCGACAUGUGGAAGCCACUCGCCGGGAAGUAUCCUUAGUCAGGACCGAGCCCAAGUCAGACAACCACCCCUCUGCGGCUCAACACCCCUUCACUUUUGGGAUUUUGGUGGCUCCAUUUUAUCAACAGGCCUCCUACAGGAUGAAGGCUGGCAACAGUGACGCCAAUCAAGAUCAAGAGUCAGCGUCAGUGGCAGAUUUCAACUGGUGGGAAGAUGAGGAGACGGAAAAUGAGGACGAGUCACAUGACGUGAGUAUCCAGAGUGAGGCCUCUGCUAACGUACCUGAAAUUCCUGCGGACCAAUCAGGGAGCUGGCAUGAGAAGUUUCUAGAAGCCUCUGUGGGUCAUGUAAAUGUGGCUAAAGACAAAGAAUCUAUUGAAGACGGAACCCAAAACGCCACGAGUAGCCUUCAGACACAAACAUUCCUGAACCUUGAGUGUCAGGAAGUACACAAAAUCCCGAAUGACAGACCUAGCACUGAAUUUGGGGAAAAUGACACAGAGGGUAACUAUGGCCGUCUGGCUGACGAGGCAGUAACACGUGCAGGACAAGCAGACUGGGACAGUUUACCAAUACUUCAAAAACGUCCUAAUACCAGCUUAGAAAAGACAGAAUUAGUGGAAGGAUUUGGUCCUGACACAUUCUUUGCAAACUCAAAAGAAGGGUCAGAGAACAUCAGGAAUCUACUUGAUGCCAGUGGUACAGCCAUGACAGACCUCUGCAGUAAAAACGCGAUAGAUGUCUGUCAGAGCAAUGAAGUGUUCAGACUGAACGACGACUCUAAUUGGGUAAAUGAUGGAGAAUCAAUGAACAGAGACGGUGAAGCCGGGAGAGCAGAGUCAGAAGAACAAAAUAAAGGGCACAAAGUUUAUGGGAAACGAGAGGAAUCUCUUGAUGAUCUAAAAGAUCCAGUUUUUACAGACGCGGUGGAACAGAGUGAAAACGAAGAAGAGUUUUUAAAAUCAAAGGACGAAGCUCCCAUUGAGCACAAGGAGGAAACAUCCUUAAGAGAAGUAAAAAAAGCUUUUGGUGAAGAAAUAGGGGUGAAGCCAGGAAUUAAAGAACCCCUGAGAGGAGAGAAAGUGCUCGUCUGUGACACAGAAGACUUUUUAAUAGAAAUGAAAGACAGUUACAAUAAAGGAGGGUACAUAUUACUGAAAAAUACAGAGGAAGGAGGCAGGGAGAUCAACAAUGAUGAUCUACUUAGAAAAACAGUCAACAAAGUGGUGGAAGUGUUCCGCGAAGGGAAAGAUGAAGAUGUGACUAGACAGGACGGUCAUUUCAGAGAAGAAGAAACCUGUAUAAAUAUGCUGCAAAGGAACGGAAAAGAAGAUCAAAGAGACACAUUAGAGGGAGCCUCCCAUCUUCCAGAAUGUGAGGAAACUAUUUAUAGUGUAAAUAUUGAAUACAUCUAUGAAGGGGGCACUGGUCUAAGGGAAGAGAGAGAGGUAUUUACAGAAGAGAAGGUCCAUCUCUGCAAGGAAGGCAGGGGAGUGAAAGAUGAAGAUGUCUGCAAAGGAAACAUUUUUAGGGAGGAAUACGUAAACAAAAAGGAACAACAAAAGGAUUUAUACUUCAGAGAAGAGGAUGGUAUUAUUUAUACACAAAGACAUGAAGAUGGCAAUGGUGUCCUCCUGGAAGAAAAAGAAUACCUAAAGAGAGAUGGAAAGAAAGGAAGCGGAGAUCUUUCAGAGCAGAACAAUAUGCUGCUGCCUGAAGGAGAACAAACAGCUUACGGGUCUCAGUAUGAAGAUAUGGGUAGUGUUAGAGGAAAAGAGGAUCUACAAGAACAAGAUGGGGUGGAUGAAGGAGUACACAGGGUUCUUCACAAAGCAGAGAGCAUGUCUAGAGAAGAGAGAGAAGUCAAUGGUGAUGACAUAGGAGACCCUGAAUUCCAUGAAGAAGUGAGAAGUCUGAGUGCAGGUGAGGAAUACCUGCAGAGUGAGUUGGACACAUGUCAUGAAGAGGGAUUCGCGGAGGAGAACAGCUCCAAUGACUCCUACAGCGAUGAUGAGAUGGAGCAAUACCUACUUGGGCUGAAGUGCCACAAGAAAUCUUCUAACCCAACCACCCACCCCUUUAGAGAUGUAUUGACUCUUGUCAGCAAAAGAAACUCGAUCAAUCAGGGCAUGACUGCGAGGACCCCCUUGCCAUCGAUCAGGGAGUCUCCGUACGAGGGUUGGUACAGCGAAGAGGAGUGGCGGAGCGGCCGGCCUUCGACGGACCUUUCAGUAGUCGGAGAAUCAAUAAAUACUAACCCAGUCAGACUGCCCCCUAAGGAGGAACCAGGAAAAGCCACAAGAAUUCAUCCUUUCUGCAAGAACGACUCCUCUUCCUUUGAAGAUGCUUCUAAAGUUGUAAUCUGUGGCGCGUCGGUGGCCCUGCUCCUUGUAACAGCUUACCAUUAUGAUUUCAUUGCUUGCUUUAUACUCUACCUUUUCUCUUUGUUUUGGUUGUGCUGUCACGGGGAGAAAGAAUGGUUCGCAAGCAAAUGACAGACCAACAUAGACGACUUGAUUCUAUAUUCAGCGAUGUUUUGUUUUUAUGGGGGUGUUUCGAGGGGCCACCGACAAAGGAGUGAAAAUGGCUGCGAGAAAAAAGGGGCGAGUGAGAAUGUAACCAAAGUCACAGAGCGGAAAACGAUCACUGGGAGGAAAGGCAUUGGAAGCAAAAUUAUGAUGUUAUUGAUUGAAGAACAGACACCCAAGAAAGAAAUACAAUGCUUUGAGGACCACUGGCUGAACUGUAGGUAGCUGUGAGGGAGGGACUAGAUUAUAUAAAUGCAUCCUGGAAAUGCAUGUAGCUGCUUCUUUUGCAGCAGGCUUGUAUAAAGAAAGUUUUGUAUUUAUUUCCGUUUUAUUGAUGUUGCAGAUCAAUUUAGGGUGUCUUUUCCACUGUGUUGAACAAAUAUGAUUACUUAGCAUUUUAUCUGUCACAAAAAGCGUUACUGUUUUUGCAUUUUGUGCAUAUUUUGGGGCCAGACCCGUAGCCAGAAAUGCAUUUUGUGGGGGCUCCUGCAGCCCUUGGUAUAUUUGCCAACCAGAGAGGGCAAAUAUAUACAUAUAUAUAUAUUUGUGGGGGUGGUUGAUUAGAGACUUUGAUCACCGAUUUUGAAGGAGAUUGUCUUGGUAAUAAAAAUUAUUAUUUUUUUGGGGGGGUGGCGGCGAUGGAAGCCUGUCGUUCAGCUGAAUACACUGAGUGUGAGAAAGUUUCUCAAAAGACUGCACCAGAUAUAAACACUGAUAUAAGACUUGUUAGAACUCAUUUUGUACUUUUUGAAAACAACAACUUUUUAUGUAAAUUUUAAAUGAAACUUUAACUAAAAAUGUUACAUACCAGUGAAAACAAAUCAUGAAACCGUAUUUACCUAGGCAUCAGUCAUCCAUGCGUCUUUGAUAACCCCUAAUCCAGUACAGAGUCAUAAUAAUCCUGCAGCCAAUCCCAAGCAGUACAGGACAUAAGGCGAGGUAAGCCAAAACGUAAAAUACACCACGUUAGUUUAAAGAGAAGGAGUCUGUUCUGUUUUUUGAACAUCUAUCACUCAUCUUCAUCACACAUCAAUGAAAAACAGUAAACAAUCAGACCCUUUAUAUAUGUAAUGAACUCAAUGGCAGCCAGAAUAUCGCAUUUCAUACCACGGGCAAAGUUUCCUGGAACAGUACAACAGAAAUGAAAAGGCUUUCUCUGACAUCUCCUUGGCCUUUUUUUGGAUGCUUUGCACCCGGAUGUCUGUCAUCUGCCUCUGUCAUUUCUGUAUUUCGAACAGGCAGCGCGAGGCGAGGACUUUAAAUGGGUCUCAUAGGACGUGUGCUUUGGCACAUAUAGCGACCUGCCACUCACACAAGCACGCGGUGCAUCUCUGGGAAACACAGAGCCGCCGUUCGCUGCAUAAAGUUCUCAUCGUGGGUGAACUAUAUGCUGAUGAAAGAGGGGUGGGACAGACACAAAUAGCGAGCGUCAACACAAAAUAUGAUCCAGAAGUUAUAAAUCAUAGUCAUUCUCCUUGAACUUCAGAAAAAAAAAUGUAUUUGUCUUCUCUAGGGACUGCAUAAGACAGCAUUCCUAAAAUGAUCAUUUUGUUCGCAGAGAUAUUCUAGAAAGUAUUUAAAUGGCGACUAAAGUUUUUAGGUAUUUCAGACUGACAUCGUGGUUUGAUACACUUUGUUUUAACACUGUAGACAAAUGUUUCUGUUUUUGCUGACAACAUGCAGAGGUUACGAUGACCUACUUAUGAGGACGUACUUUCUCAUCCUGGAGUGACUGGUGUAGCUGAUAUACGGCCCAGGGCACCAGUCCUUCUAAUACCAGGUAGCUCACUCAUCACAGGUGAAUAACUGAUGCCACCUGUCUGACUUUGAAUGCAAUGGGUGCCCUUAUGUGAAAGCCAAGCAGCGGAACCUUUUGCUUGGGGAAAAGGUGGAAAUACAUACAUGUGUGAUUAAGGGACAGUGGAAGUUUAGGGGGCACUGCGCAAGGGCGUAGGUUUGGUUUCCACAUUCGUAGGGACUGAAUCAGCCCCUAACGCCCCGCCCCUCCAAACACACACGGCACUCCCCCAAUAAUGCUAGGGUCAGGUCCCUACUGUCCAUGCCCAAAUUCUACACCCUUGGCGGUGUGUUAACGGGUUAGGAUGUGGUGACUUUUAUCUGAAGGUCACUUGUUCGAACAUGGACAUGGAGAACCACGCAUGGGCCGUUGGGAAAUGAAAAUGAUGGGAAAUCACUGGUGACAUGACAGACGCUGAAGUGGAAUCAGGCCGGACUCACAGCUAGAGCCCCAGCGACCCAGAGGGAAUUCUGUGCCGCCUUAUCUCUGCCUGAUAACGGGGAUCAGCUCUCAGGCCGGAUAAACAUACCUGCCAUAACAAACACACAGCGGCUAACGUUGUUCUUACCCUGGCUCUGAAACGCCCUGUUUGUUUAGCCCGUCGCGGACAGCUUUGCGCCUGGUCUGAAGUACGUUGUGAGGAAAGCGCCUGGACCACGUCUGGUCACUCAGUCGAAACACGCGAUAACUCUGUGGACACAGGUGUGUGGCACUCUCCCCCCCCCACAGAUAAAUUAUGAACAAGGAGAUUAAAAAAGCGUCUGCGUGCCUUUGCCCUGGUGAAUUCACAGAAAGACCCCACAGAUGUAACACAGGCUGUCCCGUAACGAGCAGAUAGCGUCAUGUUUAACUUCACAGCGGUUUGUUAGUUCCAAGAAUGGCCCUUGUUGAUGAAAACUUCAGAAAAGGACUUGAUCCAAAUCGCCCAAAGGUAAACAUUUAGCCACUGGCUGCUAGCCUUUAGCCUCAAGCCUCAAAAGCUCAGGGGCAAACAACCCCACGGAGAUGGGAUGCCAUGAACUAAAAAUAAGGCUUGGAGCAACAACUGGCAUCAUGUGAGGGGUAUUUUCGGGAAGAUGUGGCUAGAGGCGUGCUCUGAGCGGCGCCGAGGCCAGUUAAGCAUUCCUGUCAUAGUGCCACAGGGCCAGAAACCUGCCUUACAGCAGAGAUCAGAGCACUAACAGUGCUACAUUCACUGUAAUAGUCAAAUAUAACUGUACAGUAGGGCCAGGUAUCUGCCUUACAACAAAGAGCAGAGCGCUAACACUGCCACAUUCACUGUAACAGUAAAAUAUAACUGUACAGUAGGGCCAGAAACCUGCCUUACAGGAAAGAGCAGAGCGCUAAGAGUGCCACAUUCACUGUAAUAGUCAAAUAUAACUGUACAGUAGGGCCAGAAACCUCCCUUAUAACAAAGAGCACUGUAAAAGUCAAAUAUAACCAUUACGGGAAAAACCUGUGUCACAGCAAAGAGUGGAGCACUAACAGUGCCACAUUGAUUGUAAAAGACAAUCAUGCUCCUCUGAACAUGAACUUCUUGUACUGUACAGAUACUAGCCUCUGAAUAAUUGUGUUGUGAACAGGUGCAUGCUUAUUUACAAAUAUAUGUGUGUUUCUGUUGGAAAUAACCAUGCAGUGCUCAAAAUCACACAAUGACACAAUUAUAUAAUUUUAUUAGCAAUUUAUGCUAAUACGUA